CUAGCAGGCCUCAGGGAGAACUCCAAUGGUGUCUGUGUCAGCACGCCCACACCAGACCACAACAAUGGCCGCCACCAAUGUCCCAGUCCCUGGAGAGGUCUCACCCCUCACCGAGAUGCACUCAGGGCCUAUUAGAUGCGGCUCGACCUAGAAAAUGCUUUAGUAACAUAACAGGCUACUGCAGGAAGAAAUGCCAAAUGGGGGAAAUAUAUGAAAUAGCAUGUCUAAAUGGGAAAUUGUGCUGUGUUAACGAAGAAGAAAACAAAAAAUACGUGGAACCUCAGAAGUCACCUAUAUCUUCAAUAAAGUCUGAUGAGAAGAUGGACUAUGUUGUUUUACCCACCAUCACACUUUUCACAAUCCAGCCAUAAAUCGAGCACUUGCUCCACUGGUCUCCACUCUUCAUACAUCAAAAGUGCCACCUAAUCUAAUGGGCUGGGGCAAGAGAUUUAUCUACUUUUUUUCUGUGAACUUGAUUCUACACAUAAUAAAGUUCUAUACUUUUCCCUUGAUUUAUUUAUUAAUGUAUUCACUCAUAUUUUUGAA